AGGCCGGAAGAAGGAAUACUCAACCAAAACUAGUCGCUGCGAAAAACCACAGACACGCGGAAGGACAAGCGAACAUCGAAAGUAUUGUGGGCUUCCCGUCCGACCGAGCUCUCGACUCUCUCUCUCCCAAGACGUGUUGAGCUGUUUCCCAGUCCUUCGUCACCUUCCCUCCGCUCAGACUCACCAGCGCAGCUCCCCCCAUCCUCUUCUCUUGUUCAUAAGCCCACUCACAAACAGAAGUGGAGCGGAGCUUCUGCAGAGUACCACUAGCACUAGUAAGUAACCUUGGGGAUUUUCCUGUGAGAAGAGAGACUGGCAUUGGAGUGCAGUUAGCGGAGCCAAAAAGGAAGGGAAGCCCAGGAUUAGCGUUUGGCGGAUAGAGUGGCUAUUUCGUGAGAAGGGAGAGAGAAGGAGAGGCGUGGCCUAGGCCGGCGGACGCGGCGGCUUUCUUGGACCGGCCAUUGAUGGCGCCGUGCAGCGGCUUGUGGGGCGGCAAGGCCGGCGGCGACGCCUACCGGGGCACGCCGGUGGUGGUCAAGAUGGAGAACCCCAACUGGUCGAUCUCCGAGAUCUCGUCUCCGGAGGACGACGACGACGACGAGGACAUCUUGGCCGCCGCCGGCGGCCGCCGCCGCAAGGGGGCCCGCACCAAGAACGCCAAGCAGAUCAGGUGGGUGCUGCUCCUCAAGGCGCACCGCGCCGCCGGGUGCCUCGCCUCGCUGGCCUCCGCCGCCGUCGCGCUGGGCGCCGCGGCCAGGCGCAGGGUGGCCGCGGGGAGGACCGACGCCGACGCCGACGCCGACGCCGGCGUGCUGGCCGUCGCCGGCGAGAGCCCCGUGGUGCGCUCCGGGUUCUACGCCUUCAUCAGGGCCUUCCUCGUCGUCUCCCUGCUCCUGCUGGCCGUCGAGGUCGCGGCGUACAUCAACGGCUGGGACCUCGCCGCCUCCGCGCUCGCCCUCCCCGCCCUCGGCCUCGAGUCGCUGUACGCCUCCUGGCUGCGCUUCCGCGCCGCCUACGUUGCGCCGGGGAUACAGUUCCUCACCGACGCCUGCGUCGUGCUCUUCCUCGUCCAGAGCGCCGACCGCCUCAUCCUGUGCCUUGGCUGCUUCUACAUCCGCGUCAAGCGCAUCAAGCCCGAGCCGAAGUCCCCGGCAUUACCUGAUGCGGAGGACCCCGAUGCCGGGUACUACCCCAUGGUACUUGUCCAGAUACCAAUGUGCAACGAGAAGGAGGUGUAUCAACAAUCAAUUGCGGCCGUGUGCAACCUUGACUGGCCGAAAUCCAGCUUCUUGGUCCAGGUGCUGGAUGACUCCGAUGACCUACUGACACAGGCUCUGAUCAGAGAAGAGGUGGCCAAAUGGCAGCAGCAAGGUGCCCGGAUUGUGUACAGGCACCGUGUGUUGAGGGAUGGUUACAAGGCUGGAAACCUCAAGUCGGCCAUGAGCUGCAGCUACGUGAAGGAUUACGAGUUUGUUGCCAUCUUUGACGCAGACUUCCAACCCCAGCCUGACUUUCUGAAGCGCACUGUGCUACAUUUCAAGGACAAUGAUGAACUUGGGCUAGUGCAAGCAAGGUGGUCAUUUGUGAAUAAGGAUGAGAACCUGCUGACCCGGUUGCAGUAUAUUAACCUUUGCUUCCACUUUGAGGUGGAACAGCAGGUGAAUGGAGUGUUCUUGAACUUCUUCGGGUUCAAUGGCACCGCCGGGGUGUGGAGGAUCAAGGCACUGGAGGACUCAGGUGGAUGGAUGGAGCGGACAACGGUGGAGGAUAUGGACAUUGCUGUCAGGGCACAUCUCCAUGGCUGGAAGUUUAUAUUCCUGAACGAUGUUGAGUGCCAGUGCGAACUGCCCGAGUCCUAUGAGGCUUACAGGAAGCAGCAGCAUCGGUGGCAUUCCGGUCCAAUGCAGCUAUUCAGGCUGUGUUUACCGGACAUCAUCAAAUGCAAGAUGGCGUUCUGGAAGAAAGGCAACCUGAUCCUCCUCUUCUUCCUGCUCCGGAAGCUCAUACUGCCCUUGUACUCCUUCACGCUCUUCUGCAUCAUCCUCCCGACGGCGAUGUUCGUGCCGGAGGCGGAGCUCCCGGACUGGGUGGUGUGCUACGUCCCGGCCCUCAUGUCCCUGCUGAACGUGCUGCCGUCGCCGAGGUCCUUCCCCUUCGUCAUCCCGUACCUGCUGUUCGAGAACACCAUGUCGGUGACCAAGUUCAACGCGAUGGUCUCGGGGCUGUUCCAGCUGGGGAGCGCGUACGAGUGGGUAGUGACCAAGAAGUCGGGCUCGGGCCCCCGCUCGUCCGAGGUCGCCGGCGACCUCGUCUCGCUGGCCGCCGCCGCCCCGACGGCGAAGAAGAAGAAGAAGAAGAAGCACAACCGGAUAUACAAGAAGGAGCUCGCGCUGUCGAUGCUGCUCCUGACCGCGGCCGCCCGCAGCUUGCUGUCGAAGCAGGGUAUCCACUUCUACUUCCUCCUGUUCCAGGGCGUGUCGUUCUUGUUGGUCGGGCUUGACCUCAUAGGGGAGCAGGUCGAGUGAAUCGUGUAAGCAAGCAGGAGGUUGUAGGUGUGGAAACGGUGAGUGGGGUCGGUCAGUCGCCAUGGGAGUGCCGGGUGGGAGGGAGGGAGGGAGGGAUGUCUCGCUGCCAUGGGCACGGCGGCAGGCUCGUGGCUGAGGUUCGAAAGAUGCGGUUGUGGAGCUGUGUGCCUUCUCUGAUCCGAUCCGUCCUGACUAUGAAGAGAGAACCUCCGCCUCCGCCUCGGAGGUGCAGGUGCAGCCGUGCAGGUAAAAUUUGCGUAGUGGGCUCCUGCAUUCAUCUGUAACAGAAUUUUGUUCGCCUUUGCGAUUGGUGGAGGAAAACAGGAGCGCCACUGGGUUAGGAGGCGUCCUGGUGCCAGACGACGCUGGCAUCUUGCUCCACUUGUGAAGCUGAGAGAGUAGAUCCAGAUCGUGGGCUUGUUUGUCCACGUGUGUUUGUUGUAGCCUGUCUCUCCGGCUCUCCCCGCUCGACGCCGGGGAAAGCUGGCAGUUGUCGAGCGCGGUGUGUCACAUGACUGGGGAAGACGAAGAUCUGUGUCUCCUGCAUAUGCCGAUGAUCAUUGUGCAUCAAGGUUCCAGGAGUAGCUUGUCUCAUCGAACUGGUUAGUUCUGUCGGGAUAUGUAACCUUUUUUUCUCUCUCUGCAACUAACGUUUUACCGGCUCUGUAGUGUGAUAGAAAUUAUCUCCUGGUAAUGAAAUGUGUGUCCCAAGUCCGGACUAGGAAUCUAGGAUAAAAUGGAACGUUUGUCUUCAGUUGCGAGCAACAAUUUUGUA